UUGUUAUUGAGGUUCGUUGCCCCUGUUUUCUUUCCCAGGACCAUGAUUUUGGACUGCUAGGGGUGAAGUGACCUCUUAGAUGGAACAAGGAUAAGAACCUUGUGUCUUUGAUCUCUGGAGCCCUGAGAAAAUGGAGAGCCUUAGAGGCCCCUAUACAGAUGACGCAAUUGCGAGAGAAAACGAAGAGGAGAAUCCUCAGCUAAAGCUAGACACAGAAAAGAAACUAGACACACAUGCUGGCCCCAUUAACUGUCGGAGGCCACACGGCAGAGAAAAUCACUAUCAAUGUACAGAAUGUAGGAAAAGCUUCAGUGUUCAUUCGGCGCUGAUCAAACACCACAGAAUCCACACCGGAGAGAAACCCUAUCAGUGCAGUGAAUGUGGGAAGAGCUUCAGUGUAAGCUCGACGCUGGUUACUCAUCAGAGGAUCCAUACAGGGGAGAGGCCCUACAAAUGCGUGCAGUGUGGGAAGAGCUUCAAUCAAAGCUCACACCUCACUCAGCAUCAGAAGAUCCACAAGGGAGAGAAGCCAUGUACAUGUACUGAAUCUGGAGAAGGCUUUACUGACAGCUCAACGUGCGUGAAACAUCCAGGACUGCAUGCUGGAGUGGGACCCUAUAAAUGCGCUGAAUGUGGGAAAAGCUUCAAUCGGAGCUCCACUCUCUACAACCACAACAGGAUCCACACGGGAGAGAAACGCUACAAAUGUGAUGAGUGUGGGAAAAGCUUCAGUGUGAGCUCCAACCUCAUCAGGCAUCAGAAAAUCCACACAGAGCAGAGACCCUAUAAGUGUCUUGAAUGUCGUAAGAGCUUCAGCCUGAGCUCAGAUCUGGAAGCGCAUCAGAGGCUUCACCUGGGAGAGAAACCCCACAAAUGUUCUGAGUGCGAGAAAAGCUUUGAUCAGGAGUCGCAGCUCCUGAAACAUCAGCGAGUUCACGCUGGGGAAAACUCAUAUGAAUGUGUGGAGUGUGGGAAGAGCUUUAGUAGGAAGGGGAACCUCCUGAGACACCAGGAGAUCCACACUGGGGACAAACCCUACCAGUGUAAUGAAUGUGGGAAAAGCUUCAGCCGGAGUUCAUCGCUCAUGCAGCAUCAGCGGAUCCACACUGGAGAGAAACCCUACAGCUGCAUCGAAUGUGGCAAGAACUUCAGCUUUAGCUCCCAGCUCACCACCCACCAGCGGAUCCACACAGGGGAGCGGCCCUACAAAUGUAACGAGUGCGGGAAAAGCUUUGUGGAUAGCUCAGGUCUCAUUCAGCAUCGGAGAAUUCACACAGGAGAGAAGCCCUACCAAUGCACUGAGUGUGGGAAGAGCUUCCGGCAGAACUCGGUGCUGAUUCAACACCGGAGAACUCACACCGGUGACAAGCCCUUCGAGUGUGGGGAGUGUGGGGAACGCUUUAGCCAAAGCUCCACGCUGAUCACACAUCAAAGGAUUCACACCGGGGAGCGGCCCUACCACUGCAGCGAGUGCGGGAAGAGCUUCAGCGAGAGCUCGCACCUCACGCAGCAUAGGAGAAUCCACACGGGGGACAAGCCCUACAAGUGUGGUGAGUGUGGGAAGAGCUUCAUUCAGAGCUCGCAGCUCACCACCCACCAGAGGAUCCACACAGGAGACAAACCCUACCAGUGCCACACCUGUGGGAAGAGCUUCAGUGACAGCUCGGCGCUCACCCAGCAUCAGAGAGUCCACACGGGGGAGCGACCAUACCAAUGCACGGAAUGUGGGAGGAGCUUCAGCCAGAGCUCGGCCCUGGUGCAGCACUGGAGGAUCCACACUGGAGAUAAGCCCUAUGAGUGCACCGAAUGUGGGAAGACUUUCAGCCAGAGCGCAGGGCUCACUCAGCACCGGAAAACAGCGCACACGGAAGAGAAACCCUAUCAGUGUUCUGAAUGUGGGAAAAGCUUCAGUCGAAACUCCUACCUUACUCAGCAUCAGAGAAUCCAUGUGGCAGAGAAACCCUUCGGUUGUAGUGAAUGUUUGAAAAGCUUCACUCGGAAUUCAGACCUGGUUAAACACCAGCGAAUCCACACAGGAGAGAAGCCUUAUCAGUGCAAUGAGUGUGAGAAAACCUUCAGUCAGCGGUCAAAUGUUAUCAGACACCAGAGAACCCACACGGGUGAAAAACAUUACAAAUGUAAAGAAUGCGGGAAGAGCUUCAGUCAGAAAUCACACCUCAUCGUACACCAAAGAAGCCACAAGGGUGAAAAGCCCUACCGUUGUACUAGAUGUGAGAAAAGCUUCAGUGAUUGCUCAUCGCUUAUUAUACACCGGAGAAUCCACACAGGGGAGAAACCUCAUCAAUGUAAAGAAUGUGGGAAAAGGUUCCGUGACAGUUCUGCCAUCAUCCGACACCAGCGAAUCCACACAGGAGAGAAACCCUACAAAUGUGGUGAUUGUGGAAAGAGCUUCCGACAGAGCUCAUCACUUAUUACCCACAGAAGAACCCACACAGGAGAAAAGCCCUACAAAUGUUCAGUGUGUAAUAAAAGCUUCAGUCAGAGCUCGGCACUUGCGACUCAUCACCGAAUCCAUACAGGAGGAAAUCCCUAUCGAUGUUCUGAAUGUGGGAAAACCCGGAGUGAGCGCGCUGCACUUAUUUCACGUCGGGGUGUCUACACAAAAGGAAAACCUUACAAGUGUGCUGAAUGUGGAGAAAGCUUUAGACGGAGCACAGCACUUAAUGUGCAUCUGAGAAUCCACAGAGGAGAGAGACCAUAUACGUGUGAUAAAUGUGGGAGAACCUUCAGACAGAGCUCAGCACUUGAUGUGCAUUCGCGAAUCCACACGGGAGCAAGACCCUAUAAAUGUAGUGAAUGUGGGAAAAACUUCAGACAGAGCUCAGCACUUAAAGUGCAUUUGAGAAUCCACACAGGAAAGAAACCCUAUAAAUGUAUUGCAUGUAGGAAAAGUGUCAGUUUGCGUUCACAUCUAGUAUAGCAGGGGUGUCCAAACCAUGGCUUAUGAACUGCAUGCGGCUCUUUUACAGUUUACAGUGUAGCUCGCAGAUCCCCCUCUCCCCAUUCCCCACCUACCAGACUUGGGGGGAAGCUCGAGACCUCUGCCUUGCAGCAGGGUGGUGGGGUAGCGCCUUCUUCCCAGUGGGGAGGGGGUCUCAGGGCUUCAGCCCUGUGGGGCCUGCCUGCUGGGGUUUAAGGCUUCAGCAGGAGUGGGGUUGAAGCCCAAAGCCCCGUAAGGUGCCGCCCGUGGGGCUGAAGCCCAGAGCCCCAGCAGGUGUGUCCUGACUCUCAAACUUCUGAAGAUUGUCAAAUGUGGCUCAGAGGGUCAAAGUAAGUUUGGCCACCCCGUAGUAUAGGAUUAGAGUGGCCAUAUGGAAUAGAAAGCAGUAGCAGACAUUAGUUGUUUGGGGUAUAUAAAAAGGAGUGAGGCCCAGAUUCACAAAGGAGCCUAAUAUCAGAGGGGUAGCCGUGUUAGUUUGGAUCUGUAAAAGCAGCAAAGAGUCUUGUGGCACGACUAACAGACGUUUUGGAGCAUGAGCUUUCGUGGGUGAAUACCCACUUCGUCGGAUGCAGUUUUAGGCACUAUUACAAUCCACAAAACCCCCAGUAAGCUGCUGCUUAACUCUGCAGCACCUAAUUGAUUUGGCACCUGCAUUUUCACUGUAACCAUCUCCUAGUCACAUAAGUAUCGGCCUCUAGGAAUGCACCCUGCCACCUCACUGUAAGCAUCUGGACACUUAAGCACCAGCGCGAUGCUCAGACCAGGGGAAGUUGGGUGAUCCUCCUGCAGAGGUCAGGCCAGUAGGCAUGUUCUGAGCACAUCUAGCAGAUUCCGGCUACAUUCAAAAUCCUGAUGGAGGAGGAGGAGGAGCCUCCUCUCCCAUAACUUUUAGCCUAGUGGUUAAAAUGCUUACCCAGGAACAAGUGGAACAGCUUCAACAUGAGAGACUGAGGAAGCCCCACAUCAGAAUUAAGGGUGUAAAAUAUUAAACUGUUAACCAGUAAACAUUUGUCUUACCAGAUAACCCACCCUAACCGUUACCCCAGCUGCAGCCCCAGGCCAGCGUGAGCAGCCCAGCCCCAGCCCCUCUCCCUUUAAUCAGUUAACAGAUUAAAUGAUAUAAUUUUAAUCAUUUAAACGGUUAACUUUUUAAACAAUAUUUACAUCCCUAAUCAGACUAUCCCAUAGCCCAGUGGGUUGGGCAUUUUCCUCAGAGAUAGGAGAUCCCUGUUCAAAUACCUUUUUCCCUUCAGGCAGAGAAGGGGCAUUGAACUGAUUAUUUUGAUAUUGGAGAGAGGCGGUUGAUGCUAGAAAAUUGGGGUAUUCUGGAAAGAAUGAGUGAAUUACUUGUGGGGAGCUGAGUGCUGGUGGAGUGGGUUUUACAGAUUGUGCAGAGGAGGUGUAAUGUGGAUCUGAGGGAUGGGGUGUUGGGUGCUGGAUAAUUUGGGGAUUAGGAGUGGGAAUUUGUGGUAGAAUAGAAAGGGAGAUUUUUUUUUAGAUUUUAUUUUUUAUUUAGGUAUAAGAAGAUUAAAAUAAUAAUGUCCAGAUUGGGUCUCAGCCAGACCUUCAGUUUAUUACAAAUUGUAAGCAGUUCUGGGGAUGUCAUUGCUUUUUAAACUGUGGAUGGCAAAGUAAUGUGUUUUUGAUGACUCUCACCUGGUAACUUGGCCAGGUUUUAGACAAGGGAUUUGGGCUGUUUCCUCUCUUUGAUCUUAAAGAUCUGCAGCUCUGUCUGUUUCUUUUCUUCCUCUUUCGGAGAGAUUUAUGGUAGGACUUCAGAGUUAUGAACUGACCAGUCAACAACACACCUCAUUUGGAACCAGAAGUACAUAAUCAGGCAGCAGCGGAUGGGGGAAGCAAGUACAGUUCUGUGUUAAACGUAAACUAUUAAAAAAAGGGAAAGGAGCAUUUUUCUUCUGCAUAGUAUAUCUUCAAAGCUGUAUUAAGUCAAUGUGCAGUUGUCAACUUUUGAAAGAACCACCAUGCUUUGUUCGGAGGUACGGACAACCUCCAUUCCCAAGAUGUUCAUAACUGUGAUGUUCUACUGUAUUCAGUUCAAAGGACUCUUACCUCCAUAAGCAAAAAUCAGGAGAUACACUCAAGUCAGAAGUGAAGUAGCUGCUCUCAAAGAGGAUGGAUACAUAGCGCUCACUGUGAAAGUGUUUAUCUCUAUCUUUUCCUCCCUGGCAACAUCUCCAGAAUUUGUCUCUUCACAUUGAAACAUCUUUAGUCUCCCGCUCUACAUGCUAACAAAACCUGGGCAAUAAUGUAAUCUUCUCAUUUAAACAAAACAAAAGAAGCUUUUGGAUGUCCUGGCUAGACCCAUUUCACAUUUUGGGUUCCCAUGGAAGCAGAGACUGUUUCCAGUUUUCUAGUCCUUUUGGUAAUGUGAUACUUUUGUUCCUUUAACUAAUUAAUGCUAGUAAAAUAUUUUAACAUAUAAAGCACCGCAUAAUUGCUAGCAAUAAUUACUUAUUACUAUGUUAAUGUUUCCAUAUUACAUAAAACCUCUCUAUAUUGUAUAUUACUAUUAUUGUUGCACUUCCUACUGUCAACAGUGUUUCUAUAUUAUAUAA